AUGUUAGUGCCACCCGCUAAUUUCGGUAUUGCUGAAGAAGGAAUAUAUAGGUGUUCGAGAAUUGAAACCAUUAACCUAUCUUUUCUGGAGGUAUUAGCUUUGCGCUCAAUUCUAUUCGUUGGUGGUCAAGAGCCCAGUAAGUUCUUCAGAGAGUUCUUUGAACGCUGCAACAUACAGGUUUAUGUUAUUAAACGGGUGCACAUCACGUCCACUCUAGCUCCUUCCGGUACAACGGUAACUAAGGAACAAACAGCUGAAGAAUCGGAUUUCAGUAGUGGCUAUCAAUCUGCGAGUCAGUAUAGGCUAUCUGAUUCCGAUGACUUGAUGAUAAUAAAAAGUCAUAGUCUACAGAAGAUAUUCAAGUUGAUUUUAGACAUUUUGAACCACAAUACUCUAUUGGUUGAUAAAACAUCUGUUGUGAUUGGAAUUUUGCGUAAGAUACAAAAGUGGAAUAUUUCGUCGAUCAUCGAUGAAUACCGUUUAUAUACCGGGAAGAAUAGCAGUUACUUCGCUGAAACAUUCCUAGAAGUUGUUAACAUCAAUGUUAUACAAGAUAUUGAAAAAAAUGCAACAGAACACCUAUCUAGGCUAGAUCUAAAUGAUGAAACAUCUGCGUUGGACACUGACGGAAGAUCCUCUUCAGGAGAAAACGUUAAUGAAAACGAUCUACUCGAUAAUCCUGAUCUUCCCCAGCACAUAUUACGCCUGAUAGAUCAGGUAGAGCAGCAGACUAGCAAAGGAGAGAAUGGAGCCACCUCUGCAGAAAUGAAAAGAAUUCCCUCUGACAAAGGUAUUUUUGGCAAUAGAUACAGAUUGGCCUUCAACAAACGUGAGAUAGGCGAAUAUGAAUACUAUAAAGGCGAAGGUGCUAAUCUUGUCCAUAUAACUAUUCCUCGCGAAUCCCUUCUACCUCAGUGGUUUAAAUUCCAGCGAGACUUAUGGGAACAACAAAAUACCAAGGAAAUGUACAAUUUCUACACUGAGAAAGUCUUUAUUUAG